AUGGAGAAAAAACAGCCAUCCGAUUCCGCGGACGACGUGAGUGUCGAGGUCGGAAGAGUGUUUGUCGAGGCAGACUAUGCGAACGAGAGGCCUUCCGGCUCCUCAAAGCAGCUCCAUCAUACCUUUUCCGCCCGCCACAUUCAGAUGAUAGGGCUGGCUGGGAGCAUCGGCUCCGGUCUGUUCAUUGGAAUGGGAAAGGCUCUUCGCUACGGCAACUAUCCCGGCAUGUUCCUAGGAUGGGGUCUUAUCUGCACUCAGGCAUGGAUGAACAUGCAAGUCAUGUCUGAAGCCUGCGUUAUCUUCCCUACGUCGGGAGCCUUCAUCGACCAUGCAGCUCGCUUCCUUGACCCAGCUCUGGCGUUUGCACUUGGCGCCUGUGAGUGGUUUGCCUGGCACACCACACUUGCUGCUGAGGGCUCUGUAUUCCGGCUUAUUCUCACAUAUUGGACCACAGAGUUGCCGACAGCGGCAUGUAUGACAAUCUACCUAGCAGUGGUGUUUGGUAUUCACUUUAUGCCCAACAGAUGGUUUGCCGAGUUUGAGUUUUUCACGGCUGUGUUGAAAAUCUUGAUUAUGGUUGUCCUCAUUAUUACCUCCAUUGUCAUGCUGGCUGGUGGUGGCCCCUCGGGCACGACUCAUCAUGCCACAAACUACACAGAACUCUCGGCCUUUCCAAUUGGGGAGUUGCUGAGUGCUUCCUUUUGGCUUCAUUUUCCUGCGGUGGUCAGGAGCUGCUUGGGAUUACCAACGGUGAGGCGAAAAUGCCCCGUUUGGAAUGUGCCUCGAGCAGUCAACAACUUGGCUUUCCGGCUCUUUUUCUUCUUCGGAUGCUCCAUAAUAUUCGUAUCGAUUCUCGUACCUUACACUGAUAAACCUCUCCUCGGCCCUUCGAACAUCGCGGCUGCUCCGUACGUGAUUGCUUUGAAUGAUGCAGGCAUCAUCUUCACCUGGUUUAGUUCUGUGGGCUCUACAGUCUAUUUCCUCGCAUAUCUAGUCAUCGCCGCGACCAACUGGGGGAUGCGGGCUGCUUUCAAAGCACAAAAUGACAAUCCAUUAACCCUGAAAUACGCAUACAAAAACAAAUUUUAUCCCUUGGGCAGCGUCUUCCUCUUUGCCAGUGGUAUAUUUGUUAUUGCAUCGGUCUUUUACCUUUCGCUAUUUCCAAUUGAUGCGCCCACCAGCGCCAGCAAUUUCUUCCAGACCUUCCUUUGCAUUCCGCUGUUUCUUGUUCUUUGGAUUGGCUACAAGGUUCAUCUUUAA